AUGCAUGAAGUCGCCGUGGAGGCGCCUCCCAUCAAAGAAAUACCAUUCAUCGUCAGAGAAUGCCAAUCAGAAUUCGCAAAAAUGGCGGCAACGCCAGAUCUGGGUCGACAGACCUGGUUUCGAUCAGCGCACGGGGACUUCAAUCUCUGGUCCAAUGGAAUUCGGGCUUCGGAUUCCGACAAGUCCUCGCUCAAGUAUCGUCUGAGAAAUGAGAAGUGGAAAGGCGUGCGAGAUGACAUUUAUGAUCUGCUUCGAGGGCUCUGUGGCAUCCUCGUAGACUGUCAGCAGGUUAAUAGUGGUGAGACCCAACUCCGAAACCGUCCUCACUCAUAUCCAAGUGCUAAUGAUGAUACAACAGCUCCAUUGUCUGACGCUAAUACGACAAAAACUGAAGUCAAAUCCAACGAUCAAGAUCAAUAUGAAGGUCGCCAAAGUCCCGAUUCAUGGGAAGUCAUGUCCAGGGAGUCUAGUGGCAUGAGUUCUGAAACCGAGUCCAUCAACCCGAACUCUGUCUUGUUUGAACACAUCUUUAAUAUCAACACAAUACUCGAUCAGCUGAUAAGAAUAACACUUGCGAUCAGGAAGUCUGGCAAUCGGACCAGAUUUGAGGAUAUUGAUAAUGGCUGCCAUGAUGGAGACUACCAGGUUUUCCGCGCGUUUCUCACUACCAUAAUACUACGAAGCCAUGGUGGUAUAACGGGCCAAGAGAGUUCUAGAAAUAUGUCUGCCGUCAAGAUGGCGACGCAUUAUUCAAAUGCAGAAAGACUAAAUCCAGUCCAGCAGCGGCUUGUCCGUGCUAAUAUGCUACGUCGCCACAGAUUUGAUACUUUCAAGGCUGAAAGGCCUGUGCAUCCCAUCCCGAAAGUAGAGGUUCCGGCCACACCGAUGGUCAAUCUGGAGGAACCGGUGUUUACCCCUGACUCGGAUAUGGAGCCAAGUUCUGAACCAAACAUACCACAAGAUGUUGCUUCUCGCUCAUCUCAAGAGGCUUCGAAUCAUUCUAAAGUUUCUCAUGUUGCAAAAACUGCCACCGAGCCGGGCUCGUCGCUGAAUAUCGACCACAUCCUGAAACCUGGAGCGAAGUCUGCCGCCACGAAAAUGACACGAAUAGGUUCUUCGCAAGCAUACCCACCAUUUCCAAAGUUUCAAAGCGACGAACUUAGGCUCUGUCCAUACUGCCACGAGCAGCUUCCCCCGAAUAUUACGAACGACAAAAACGAAGGCAUGUGGAAGUAA